GUGUUGGCUAGGCAGGACUGUUGUCUAACUAGCCGAACAAGUUGUGUGCUAGCUCGACAGUGUUUAUAGAUUUGAUUGUUCACUGGAGUACAUCGUUGAGUUGUUAAACAUGACUUCACUUUAGUCAGUUUAUGACAUUUAGGCUUGUAGAUUGUAGAUUGUAGACUUAGAAGAUUAGAGCCAUAGACCAACAGGUGAAUUAGUGGAUCUAUUUAAAUAACUCGUGAUCACUUUCAGUUACCAGGAAGGAGAACAGGAUCGGAGGUACAGCACGUACGAAAUUGGAGGGUGUCCACUGAUCAUGUCCACAGACCUAGAGCCACCUCUGUUUGUAAAACUUUUUCACCUCAUCUUCCUCUCCACCUUUUGGGGCAUGCAGAUAUGGGUCACCUUUAUCUCUGGGUUUGUCAUGGACAGCCAUCUAAACAGACACACCUAUGGCUUUAUUCAGAGUCGACUCUUCCCUUACUAUCUGCAUAUUGGCUCGGCCUGUGCUUUCUUCAACCUCACUAUUUUUGCCAUGUACCAUCCCAGUGACCUGAUGGAUGAUAAAGAGGCCUUUCAGAUCUUUGUUUUCUUUGUGUGUGUGACUGUGGCAGCAGUGAAUGCCCAAUGGUUUGGCCAGUUGACCUCCGAGAUUAUGGCGGACAUGCACAUGAUUGAGCAGGCUUGUGGACUGGGCCAGGACAUUGGGCUCUCAUCCAACCGUGAAGCCUACUCCAAACUGUGUGACAAAGACCCCAAGUACAAGCAGCUGAGCAGUCGAUUGUGGCUUUAUCACCUCCUCUCUUCACUCUGUAACCUUUGCUGUAUUGUCUGCAAUGGCUACAGCCUUUAUUACCUUGCAGAGAACCUUACAACGCUUUGAUUGUCAGUCAGGUCUUUUAUAGUGAUCCUGUGCCCCACAAUAAGGUGUGUACCACAUUCACACACUUAAUAUGUCUAUAUGCUGUGUAACAUCCGUCAAUGUAGUCUUUAGAAUCUUAGCUCCUUUUUUCUCCCCUUUCUUUUAUACCUUUGUAGUAUUUAUUGUGGUGCAGUGGUGUCCAGUCUUAUCCACAAGGGUGCAGUGUGGGGGCAGGUUUUCGUUCUAAUCAGGCUGGAGCUGCACUUUAAUCAAUUGAUCUUAAAUAGAAUAUAUUGUGUCUGUGUCUUGUGCUUAGCUGGAAUGAAAUCCUGCACUUAAGUUAUCUGAGCACAUAAGAUUUACGGUGAACGUUUGGAAGAAGGGGUAGCAAGAAAUCAUGUAUUAACUCAUGAAUAAUGCUGUUUAUAUCAGAUAUUUAGACAAAACCACAGAGCUACAUCAAUGAUUUCAAAGUGUCCACAAAAGUAAAUUAUGUAACACAGACACAUAAAAUAAACAUACAUCAAUAAGAUAAAUAAAAAAACAAACAAACAGGUGCUUGAUUUUGUGAUUAUUAUAUAAAUAGGUCUGGCUUAGAAAUGUCAGAGAUAGACUUCCCUAGUGCUGGGUGGCUUGGGAUAAGAAUAUCUUAUGUACAGUUUAUUUGUACUUAUUACUCAUCAGAAAAGGCAGGUGACUAUUAAUUGGGACUGGGGAGAAACAUCCCAUUUAAAUGUACAGCAUUUAGCAGUAAACCACAUUAAAAUCUCCACUUGGCUGAAAGUCCUGAAGAAAUUACAUCUUAGCAUGUUAAAUGAUCUAGAAUGUAGACAAACUAAUCCAGCAUUACCUGUAAAUAGAUUUAAGAAAUCAAAUUUAAGAUAUUAUGAACCUAUUUCUAGGGAUUUGUUUUUACUUAUUUCGAGCUUGAAAAAUAGUCUUGUUGUAUUUACAGAAUCUUUCCCUAAUUUAAAUCAUUUUUUGUUAGGAAGAGGCAAAAUGCUCUACCAAUAGAAAAAAGAAAAGUUAAAGUUAAAAACUUAAAUAUAGUGAAAUACUCUGAGAUUGAUCAUUAAGCAUAGUUGAUGUGAACUGAUGCUCUUGACAAAAAUGAUCCUAAUAAAUUGGCCGGUCAGUCUAUACCCAGAAAUUGACUUAAUAACCUCAUGUAUGGUUUACUGUAAUAUGAAAUAUCAGGUAAAUGUGAUUACAUUCAAGAUAUUUUUACUUGCUAAGCUGUCAGGUUUUUUUUUUUUUGUCACUUUUGUUUCACUGAAUGUAGUCUGCCGAAAUGACAAAGGAUGAUACAGGGCAUUAUAAUCUCCUGUGUGCUGACCUAGCAAUAAUAAUCUUGGUACUGUUUUUUAUGUUCUGUUAGUGGUAACAUAUAGUUACUGGUUUUAUGUGACCGUAUAGAUUUGCACUAUACAUUCUGCAUUACUGUAUGUUACAUCAUAGUGGAGCUGGUAUCCCAAGGUUAUUGGCGGUUGUUUUUUGACUAAAUUUGCCACUACAGGCUUCUGAAUGUAUUCUUUUCGCACAUUGAAAAAAAAAUCUUCUUAAAUGGACAAACUGAAAUGCUUUGCCUCUUACAGCUCUGCGUCUUUACCACUCAAGUCAUGCAGGUUGUGCAGGUUACACAGCCUCAUAGCCAGUUGCUGCUCUAUGCACACCUAAAGCAGCAACGACAUUGUGCAGUUCAUCACAGAAAUGGCAUCAGAGUAUCACUGUAAUGUCUUGACAAACGUAUAUUUUGUGUGUGUAAAUAUAUCAUAUUGUAUAUCAUGAUUAUACAAGAAUGUUGAUUGGUGUUGGGGUAACUCGUCAUACUUUUCAUUUUGCUUAAGAAAUGCAAACUCAAAGGUCUGGAAUGAAUUUCAUUCCAUGUUGUGAUACAAUAUUACACACUUCCAUGUAUCAUCUUUAUCUAGUAUUUGCUGGGGGCAAUGACAAUGUAUUUGUGUCUUAACUAGCUUUUGGGAGGUAUUUAGUCUAGAUCGAGCAUUAAAAACUUUUUUAGCAAUUAAGCUGGUGAUGCUUUAAAUCUAUCCCUAUAGCUAAGGAAUAGUUCCUGUUUUAUGAAUGCAAAUGAGCCAGCAGCAAUAUUAUAGCUUUUUUUGUUAAUUGAUGCUAUAUUUCAUGCAGUGCCUUUGGAUAGAAUUAUAGAAUUUUUAAUUAUACCGAUGAAGCCCAGAAUGAAUUCAUAUCAGUCAUUAUGAGUUGAGUUCAAUAGAGUGGGGCAUGAUAUAGGCACAUGUUGUCAGUGGUGCUCGUGUAUAUGUAAUUUUGCUGGAUUGUUAUUCAGUGUUAAAUGGUGGAUGUUGUUUCCUUUUUUAUUUAUUUAAAAAGGGUCAAUAUGCUCUUCAGGUAUUUAUGACUUCUACAGUAGUGUUGUUACUUUGUGUUCCAUUUUUCUAAUAAAAGGCUGGAACAAAACA